GUCACUUCAAUUGCUUUCGAGAAGUCGACGCAAACGGUUCGUAUUCGUGAAGUUCGCAUCUGAAACAAAAACAAAAAGAUAAACGAUGCGCGUGCGCCGUGUGAAUUUCGCAAAGUUUUGAAAAUAGUCAAGAUCUGUGUGAUGUGCCUAUAAACAGUGCAGUUGCCAAAGCAGAAAACAAGACAAGACCCCAUAAAACUUGCCCAUUGAAACACUUUUGGAUUAGUUUCACGUCAAGCAAAUAAACAAAAACAAACGCAAACAAUAUGGUUCGCAGUUUGGCCCAGUGGACGAAGACGCUGAGCUUCCCCUCGCGUCUCUCGCCAAAUCGCAAUUCCAAGGAUUGCUCCACAUUGGCAGGUCCUGUACCGCCACCCACGCCGCCCAGGAAUAAGACGACCUCGGGCAGCGGAAAUUGCGCUACCUCGCGCUCAUCUUCCUCGACAGUGUCCUCGUCACACUCGUCGUCGCACAGUUCACCCACUCCCGGGAACAACAACAACAUGCCCAUCACGGAACUGGAACAGAUUAUCUAUCCCGGUCCUGAUCCUAAACACAUUAUGGGCUCCUUGGUAUUUUGCAUUCAUCACAAGCAGGGCUGCAAGUGGUCCGAUGAGCUGCGAAAGCUGAAGGGGCAUCUCAACGCCUGCAAACAUGAUGCCACUCAGUGUCCCAAUAAGUGUGGAGCCCAAAUUCCCCGGAUCAUGAUGACCGAUCACCUACAGUACACCUGCACGAUGAGGAGAACGCGUUGCGAGUUCUGUCAGAGCGAAUUCUCUGGAGCUGGAUUGGAGGAGCACAACGGUAGCUGCGGCCAGGAGCCUGUCUAUUGCGAGGCCAAGUGCGGUCAGCGGAUUCUCCGUGGCAGGAUGACGCUCCACAAGUCCAAGGACUGCGCCAAGCGACUCCGACGCUGUGCCCAUUGCCAGCGUGAAUUCUCGGCGGACACACUGCCCCUGCAUGCGGCCCAGUGCCCAAGGGCUCCCUUGGCCUGCCCACAGAGAUGCGAUGCGGGCCCAAUUGCCCGGGGUGAGCUGGAGGCCCAUCUUCGGGAUGAGUGUCAGUCUUUAGCCGUGUCCUGCAGCUUCAAGGAAGCGGGAUGCCGUUUCAAGGGUCCCCGACAGAUGCUCGAGGCUCAUUUGGAGAGCAACGCCGCAGCCCACCUUUCGCUAAUGGUGGCCCUUAGCUCGCGACAGGGUCAGCAAAUCCAGAUGCUUAAGUCAGCAGUGUCCAAGCUGUCCAUCAACUACACAGGUACUCUGCUGUGGAAGAUUACCGACUGGUCAGCCAAAAUGGCGGAAGCGAGGGGAAAGGAUGGUCUAGAGCUGGUAUCACCUCCCUUCUACACUUCCCAGUACGGAUACAAGCUGCAGGCCUCCAUGUUCCUUAAUGGGAAUGGACCCGGAGAGAACACUCACGUGUCCGUAUACAUUAAAGUUCUGCCCGGAGAGUACGAUGCCCUGCUCAAGUGGCCAUUCUCGCACUCAAUCACCUUUACGCUGUUCGAACAGGGAGCCCAAAGUGGCCAAGGAGGCGUAGCGGAGUCGUUCGUACCGGAUCCCACCUGGGAAAACUUCCAGCGACCCUCAAAUGAACCCGAUCAGCUAGGAUUCGGCUUCCCACGAUUCAUCUCUCAUGAACUUCUGCACAGCCGGCCCUUCAUCAAGGGGGACACCGUGUUUCUGCGUGUAAAAGUGGAUCCCAGUAAAAUAGUUGCCGUCUAGCGACCUUAAAUAGUUUCUUAGACAUUUACUCGACUUUUGUAAAUACUGUGUAUUUAAAUUUAUGAGUAAAUCACCUAGCCUAGCGUAGUCUAGCCUGUUCAGUACCAGCGGCAGCUUCAGGCGAUGUUGGCCAUCAGGCGCUAACUGGCCUUUGAAUGCCGACCGCUGGGCCACUGCGUCAUAGUCAUACUCGUUUCGUUUAAGUUUUUGCAGUGCUGGAAUUAAACCAAAGCAUACAUACGCAUAGAAAUAAAUUUAGAGCUCAUCAAAUUCAUUCAUAAAAGUACGCCUAAGUUCGUGUCUUAAGUCUUUUGUUUAGAGAUUUGUAUUAUUGCGCGCGAUGCGAUCACUUUCAAAAGAUCUUCAAACUAGACCGUACGCUCAAAAUCAGUUAGACCAUAAGUUGCAUGUACAUAGCGUUAAAUUCGGAUCAGCCGCAGCAACCGCAAACCUAGUUCUAGUUGUAGCACCUAGUUAGUUAGUUAAGCCAACGCAUUAGUCAUUAUCCAACUUUCAACAUAGUCAAAUAAGUUUAUGUUUAAAACCUACAAAGUCAAAAAUAUAAUAAAAUGAAGCAAUUAAAAUACAAAA